CCCUGAUAGUAUAUAUAGUUAUACAUUUUACAUUUAUAGUCAUUUAUAUUUAAUUUAGAACAACAAAUACUUCAAUACCAAUAAAAUACUUUACUGGAGAAGUUACUUAGAUAAAUUUAUACCGUACUUUAAUUCAAAUCUAGCUGGUACUACUAAAUAAAAGCAAGAUUUUGAAUAAACAAUAUAACGAACAAGCUGAAAAUACCAUGGACGCUCAACAAGAUGUCACAAUGUUUCCAGAAUCUAAAAAACCAACACCUGGAUCAAAUCAGGCGUGUCCAACGAGAAUGGGUGGCUUACUAUGUAAUGUACAAGUUGCGAUUGUACUGUCUUUGAUAGCAAUAGGUGGCGUAACUUAUAUCUACUUCUCGAGAGAAAACACAAACCAGCCUGAACCGGUGGAUGUACAAAAUGUACCAGUACAGCCGUCAAAAUUAAAAGGACAUCAAAGUGGGAAGAUUUGGGGGCGUUUCAAGCUGAACCAAAAAUAUUUUGAUGAUACAAAAAGAGAAAACAUAAGAUGGAUACCAGUUACACACGCAAAUAAUGGAAUUAUCCCGGACCCAAACGAGCCGUGUGUCAUUGUUCCGGAAAAUGGAACAUACGGGAUCUUCUCCGUUCUCACAUUUGCUGUUGAAAGAAACGAUCCAGUAAAGAGACUUACUCACUUCCUCAGACUUUAUAAAUAUCAAGAAGGGGAACAGCAUUUCCAGCGUAAAGUUUUCGCCGUGCCAGUUUCGGAAAACAGGAACGACCCCGAGAUCAUUCCGAGCACGUUAAUAUCAUUUUCUUCUUUGAAAGCAAAUGGUAGUAUAUGCCCGGACACGAUGAAUAAGGAAAAUGUUUUCAUAUCGUCACUGGACAAUACCAUCAAUAUAUUCAAAGUGUAAUGACGAUGAUGACGGGAAACGGAAAUUAGCUUAAUAGUAUUUUUUUACCUUGUGUUCCAAUGAUCUCAAAAAGAAUUUUAUAAUGUUUAUAAGUUUUAUAAAAAAAUAUAUUAUAAAAAAAAGAAUUAUAUAGAUCUAUGCAAACGAAUGGCCGUACAUAUACAAGUAUUGUUCAUAUAGUUGUACUUUUUACAUAGCGCGCUGACAGUCAUGAAGGUGGGGGCAGGGGGGGGGCAGGGGGGUAGGGGUGCAUAAUUUUGUGUUCAAACAAAUUCAUUCUAGUCAAUAAUUAUGCAUUGAAAGUAUUGCUUAUUUUUGUGUUAUAUAUUGUUACAUUACUUGCCAAAAUGUGUGUUGUUUUUCUGUGAUAAUAAUGUGAAGUUUCUUAUUUAUUAUAACAUGUUGAUAUCUCUUUACAUAGAGAACCACGACGUUUUAAUUUGUUUUAUGGCAUCAGCAUUGCAUUUUUAUGUUUGUCUACCUCGUUAUCAACUAUAUCACUAAAUUUAUGUGUUUUUUUCUAAGUGUUUAUUUAUAAUUUUAUCUUUGUGAAAAUUUGUUUUUAUAUAUAUAGCUGUUUACAAUAAAAUACGCAAGUAAAGAUUUGUGCUUAUUGUUAUUUAUACAUUCAAAUAUUUUGUGCCGAGUAUUUGAAACAUCAAAUAAGACAGGAAGUAGGGGUAUAUACCGGAAACACAUUUAAUCACAAUAACAGUUACUAGGUUACUAAUGUAUUACGAAAUUCGAGGCGAUCACAGUGUUAGGUCAUGGAAUUCACACAGUUAUGACGUCAUAGUAAGACCGGAAAUUAAUUUAAAGCAGAUUUAUUAGUUUCAUU